GCAGGGCAGGUGCGCGCAGGGCCCUCGGCCUUUGGGGAACGAGGGGCAGCCUGCGUCUUCCGAGUUCAGACGGGGGUGCCGCCAGCUUUCCCCUUGAGCCCGGGGCGCCGGCCCGGCGCGGCCCUGCGGAAGCCCCUGGAAAAUUCCACCGUGUUUAUCGGAGGGACUCGUGUGCAGAUGCUCAUAUGCCCGCGUAGCGCUUACUGCGUCGGCGGCUUUUCCUCCCGAAAGAAAGAGCAGUUUCGUCAAAGCCUGCAACUUUCUGAGCCACCGCGGAAAUUCGGCAAGAUUGCGACUUUUAACACAUUUUCGUGGUGAACUAGCUUCCUUCGCCAGUGGGUGACUUGGAGAAAGAAAGGAAGUUCCCUGCAGGACAGCGAGGACCCCUGGGCGCCCUCGGCCGUGACGGGGAGGCGCAGGCAUGGCGGGCGGUGUGGUGGCCGACACCGCCAACCACCUGCCCUUCUUCUUCGGCAACAUCACGCGGGAGGAGGCGGAGGACUACCUGGUGCAGGGCGGCAUGAGCGACGGGCUGUACCUGCUGCGCCAGAGCCGCAACUACCUGGGCGGCUUCGCGCUCUCGGUGGCGCACGGGCGGAAGGCGCACCACUACACCAUCGAGCGCGAGCUCAACGGCACGUACGCCAUCGCGGGCGGCCGGGCGCACGGCAGCCCUGCCGAGCUGUGCCACUACCACUCCCAGGAGUCCGACGGCCUCGUCUGCCUCCUCACCAAGCCCUUCAACCGGCCGCCCGGCGUGCAGCCCAAGACCGGCCCGUUCGAGGACCUGAAGGAGAGCCUCAUCCGGGAGUACGUGAAGCAGACCUGGAACCUGCAGGGCCAGGCUCUGGAGCAGGCCAUUAUCAGCCAGAAGCCGCAGCUGGAGAAGCUGAUCGCCACCACGGCCCACGAGAGAAUGCCCUGGUUCCACGGCAAACUCUCACGGGCUGAAUCUGAGCAGGUCGUCCUGAUUGGGUCCAAGACAAACGGAAAAUUUUUGAUCCGGGACAGGAAUGACAACGGGUCGUACGCCCUGUGCCUGCUGCACGAGGGGAGGGUGCUGCACUACCGCAUCGAUAAGGACAAGACGGGGAAGCUGUCCAUCCCUGACGGGAAGAAGUUCGACACGCUGUGGCAGCUAGUGGAGCAUUAUUCUUACAAAGCAGAUGGGCUGUUAAGAGUUCUUACAGUUCCGUGUCAGAAAAUUGGGGGGCCGUCAGGAAAUAUCAACUUCGGAGCCCGAGCGCCCCUCCCAAGUCCACAUCCUGCGACCUGGUCAGCGGGUGGAAUAAUCUCAAGAAUCAAAUCAUACUCCUUCCCAAAGCCUGGCCACAGAAAGGCCUCCACGUCGUCCCAAGGGAGCCGGCCAGAGAGCUCCGCGACCUUCAAUCCGUACGAGCCGGAGCGGGGGCCCUGGCCCACGGACAGAGAUGCCCAGAGAGAGGCCUUGCCCAUGGACACCGCGGUGUACGAGAGCCCCUACGCGGACCCCGAGGAGAUCAGGCCCCAGGAGGUCUACCUGGACCGCAAGCUGCUGACGCUGGAGGACAACGAGCUGGGCUCCGGUAACUUCGGGACCGUGAAGAAGGGCUACUACCAGAUGAAGAAGGUCGUGAAAACGGUGGCCGUGAAAAUCCUGAAGAACGAGGCGAACGACCCGGCUCUCAAGGACGAGCUACUCGCCGAGGCCAACGUCAUGCAGCGGCUGGACAACCCGUACAUCGUGCGCAUGAUCGGGAUCUGCGAGGCCGAGUCCUGGAUGCUGGUGAUGGAGAUGGCGGAGCUGGGCCCGCUCAACAAGUACCUACAGCAGAACAGGCACGUCAAGGAUAAGAACAUCAUCGAGCUGGUUCAUCAGGUCUCGAUGGGGAUGAAAUAUCUGGAGGAGAGCAAUUUUGUGCACCGAGAUCUGGCUGCAAGAAAUGUCUUGCUGGUGACUCAACACUAUGCCAAGAUCAGCGAUUUUGGACUUUCCAAAGCGCUCCGUGCUGACGAAAACUACUACAAGGCCCAGACGCACGGCAAGUGGCCGGUGAAGUGGUAUGCCCCCGAGUGCAUCAACUACUACAAGUUCUCCAGCAAGAGUGACGUCUGGAGCUUCGGGGUGCUGAUGUGGGAGGCCUUCUCCUACGGGCAGAAGCCGUACCGGGGCAUGAAGGGAAGUGAGGUUUCGGCCAUGCUGGAGAAAGGAGAGAGGAUGGGGUGCCCCGCGGGGUGUCCGAGGGAGAUGUACGAGCUGAUGAAGCUGUGCUGGACGUACGAGGUGGAGAACAGGCCAGGGUUCGCAGCGGUGGAGCUGCGUCUGCGCAAUUAUUACUAUGACGUGGUCAACUAGCGGCCCCCCGCCUCUGGCCACCUCGGGAGCAGACCACAGUCCAGUGAAACCAGCCCUGCGUGUGGACUGCACGAGCAUCCGCCGUGUCUGCUGCCAGGAGUGCCGGCCUCGUGUGGAGCAUGCCUGUGACUGUGUCCCCACCGCCUGUCCCAGAACUCACCUGCCGCAAAGCAGCCGCUCCCGGAGGAGCCUGGGAGGCCGGCCCGCAGAUCAGGAGGGCCGUGCGUGGAUUCCUUCGUGUCUUGUCUGCAGGCUGUUUCCGCGGCAGGUCACGUUCAGGGUCUGUUUCUGCACCUGAGGAUCUAGCGGCCGGGAGGUGCCCUUCUCUGCGGCCAGGGGUGCGCUGGCCCUGAAACUCAGCUUGGACGGAGCUCUGCCACCGAGAAGCUGUCCUGGUGAGAAACGUGCUCUGAGGCUUAAGAAAAACUAAGCAGGUAGCCAAGUAAGGGGGAUAAAAGCGUCUUGUGCGUCUGACACAGAAGACUCACGUGCGCGUGAACAUGGGGCUCUUGGCGUGACCUGGCUUGGCUUCCUUCCCCCCGAGACGGCCUCUCCCCAACAUACCCUCCCGAGACCGCGCAUCCAGGGACCAGUAAGCGAAGUUGGUGGAGGCAGUGCCGUCCGUCAGCGCAGGCCUGAGCGAGGACAGACGGCAGGAUGCAGCGGGUCGUCCUCUGUGGCCCGAGCUCCCCUCCCCUCGAGAGCGGUGUCGCCAGGAUUGCCCCGCCUUUUCUGUGUUUACAGUAGGGGGACAGGCUGGUGGCCAAGGCCAUCUGGACAUGAGUCUCCUAGGAAGGUACCAAUUCCUAAUAAGGCCCCUGACCCUCCCCAGAAGCACGCCUGUGUGUGACUUGGGGCUGAAGGGACGAGACGAGGGAUUCUCUGCCAGUCCCUCGUCCUAGGGAACGCUCGCCCAGGCUUUGGCCCACGCACACCAGUAAAGUCAGAGAGAAUUACCCAGUGGCCCUCGGGGCAGCAGACACCCACGGACUCGGGCCGCCUUCGGUCACUCCUGACACACUGUCGCCGGGAGAGCUGUCUCUCUCGUAAGACGGGAGCCAUGCACAGCGAGAGGCGGCCGCCAGCACCCUGCUCUGCCCGGAGACACGAGUCCCUCCUGGAACGGGGGGCCGGAGCUCUCAGAACCCCUCCACGCUUUCUUGGAUCGUGCCACCUGCUGGUCUGAUCGCUUUGUUAACGAGGGUCCCUGUGUGCUGGGCAGAAACUGAAACGGGGGCCACACAGAGUCCCCGAAAUUAAGAUGAGUGACGGAACCUCUGGGGUCGGGCCAUACGUCCAUUUCGAGUCAUGACCACAAGGGUCGGGUAAGGCGGGGGUGACGUUUGGGCAGGAGGCUGUGUUGCUGGGCGGCGGGUGCCACAGCGUGUCACAGCGGGGCCACACGUGGAUGGCUCUACGGCACGCGUGAGCCGAGUCUGGGAGAAGGACUACUCACCACAUGCUCCCAGGCCGCCGCCCCGCUGUCCCCAUUCCCAGCACCCUGCCCUGGUGGCCCUUGCUGAGCGGGAGCAGCAGGGCCUUGCAGACAGAGGACACGCAGCCUGCCCUGGCCAGAGCCGACCGUCUGGACACCGCGCUCCCCACAGCGGGACUGAAGGUUCUGUAACAGAAAUGUAAUCCGUUCCGUGGUGAAAACUACUUGUUUCUCCCCCGAGCGUGUCCCACGCGGGCUGUCACCAGCCUUGGUGACGACGUCACUCUGUCCCCUGCCCAGCGGCCGCCACUGCGCCUGGAUCCACACUUGUGGAGGUGACCGCUGGGCCCCGCAGAGCACACUCCCCUCGCUCAGUAUCCUUCAUCCGUCUCAGAACUGCUUUCUGUCACUGGACGUUUUGUAUUUUAACUGUGAUUUUUUAAAAUAAAACUUUUACAUUAGUUUUGUGAUUCUCUUCCUGGAUGUUAUUGGGAUGUGGUAGGUUGCUCUCAAAUAAACCGUGUUAAACAGCAA